AUGAAAGAGUACUUGAUUCUACUAGCUCAGGUAUACCCAGAAUUCAGACUAGCAGAGCUUGAAGCACUAGCUGAUUUACACGGAAUAGAUGUGGAUUUGUCCCAACACGAUCCAACUAGACCAUUUCUUAAAGUUCAGCUAGAGAACGACUGCGAUGCCUGCUCGUUCAUACUGAGAGCAGUCUUGUCAAAAGCUAUAUACGAAGUUUGGGGUGAAGGUGAAAGUUAUGACACACUCCAUCAGAGUGUAAAACACAAUAGCGGGGAUAGGUUUGACUUGUACAAGAAGUCUACCUUCAGGUUCGACUUUGAGGGCUAUAAGGGUCGUCAAAAUUCGAAAGCUAAGAGAGCAAUUAUAGAGUCAUUUGGGUAUUUGAAUUUUGAAGGGGCUGUUGAUUUGAAAAACCCAGAGGAGUGCUUUACCAUACUUGAGGAAUAUGAAGUUUUUGGAAUGGAAAAAGCUGACAAGCCAAAGUAUAUCUGGUUUGGACGUCUUGUUUCUUUAACCGAAAGAACUGAAAAGAAUGUGGUUGAGACUUAUGACUUGAAGAAGAGGGGAUAUAUAGGAACUACGUCGUUUGACGCGGAAUUAUCGUUGGUUACCUGUAACUUGGCCCAUGUGACAAGUGGCCACACAGUUUACGAUCCUUUUACUGGAACUGGUUCUUUUAUGGUAACGGCUGCCCACUUUGGUGCAUUGGCAAUAGGGUCCGAUAUUGACGUGAGGAUGCUUUCAGGAAAUGGAUCAGAGCAAAACGUUAAGUCAAAUUUCAAGGAUUACGGCACGUAUGCCAAUUUUAUUGAUGUCUUGACAAUGGACUUUACUCAUAACGCGUUAAGGAAAGGAUUUGGCAUAGAUACAAUCAUAUGUGAUCCGCCUUAUGGAGUAAGAGAAGGACUUCGAGUACUCGGUGCUAAGAAUGAAGAAAAGGCAGCUGGUCGAGAGAAGAACGUAGUGGACGGUGAAAUAGCCCACCUCAGGCGAGAUUUUGUACCACCAAAGAAGCCAUAUGAACUUUCAGAUAUGUUGGAUGAUCUCUUGCUGUUUGCAGGCGACAGAUUACCUGUAGGAGGAAAGUUGGCAUUUUGGAUGCCCACAGCCAAUGAUGAUUUUUCAGAGACUAUCAUACCCCAGCACGAGCGCCUUAAAUUACAGUUCAAUCUCGAACAGGAAUUUCACAAAUGGUCACGAAGACUUCUUGUUUAUGUUAAAAUGGACGAACUGUAUGCGGGUGAGACCCGGAACGGUUUAAAAGAAUUGAAUAUUAAAAACUUCCGGGAACGUUACUUCAAAGGAUUUAGUGAAAGGAGUCGAUAG